CACGUCCGGUUCUCCCUUUCACGUCCUCUCUCUCAACAUGGCGCAGCUCAAACAAAAGAGGCCAAAUGUUGGCAGGAAGAACAAAAAGGGAGCUGCAUGGAAGUUCACCUUGGACCUGACCCACCCUGUGGAGGACGGGAUCCUGGACUCUGCAAACUUUGAAAUCUUCCUCAAAGAGAGAAUAAAGGUCAACGGAAAGACGGGGAACCUGGGUAACACCGUCCAGGUCGCCCGCAUGAAGAACAAGAUCAACGUCACGUCUGAGAAUCAGUUCUCCAAAAGGUAUCUGAAGUACCUCACGAAGAAGUACCUGAAGAAGAACAACCUCCGUGACUGGCUGAGGGUGGUGGCGUCAGACAAGGAGACGUACGAGCUGCGUUACUUCCAGAUCAGUCAGGACGACGACGAGGAGUCGGAGGCAGACGAGUGAACAGCCCGUCGCAAUAAAUGUGGAAAAUCA